CGUAAGACGCCGAUUACGUCAGAGUCGUUUUGACAAGCAUGAGGCGCAUACUCAGUGCGAAAUUAUUAAAUCAUUUUAGUCUGCUGGGAAAAACUAGCCCCUCUCAGCACUGCCUGCCAGCGUGGAAACAAAACACGUUUGCUUUGAAUUUCUGCAGAAAAUCUACAACAGACGGAACCACCAUGGAUUUGAGCAACAUGAGGAAGAAGUACAAAGGAGACGCAGAGUGCUUUGAGGAGAGUCAGCUCGUGUCUUUUGACCCAAUCAAACAGUUUGGAAAUUGGUUUGAUGAAGCCACAAAGUGUCCUGAAAUUGGGGAGGCAAAUGCUAUGUGCCUUGCCACUGCCAACAGGGAUGGACGUCCAUCAGCUCGUAUGGUCCUCCUGAAAGGUUACAGUAAUGAAGGUUUCCGUUUCUUUUCCAACUACGAGAGCAGAAAAGGUACAGAAUUGGAGAGUAAUCCAAAUGCCUGCUUGGUCUUCUAUUGGGAGCCCCUUAACAGACAGAUUCGAAUUGAGGGCUCAGUGGAGCGGAUCCCCUUUCAGAGCUCCUGUGAUUACUUCCAUUCACGACCCAAGAGCAGCCAGAUCGGAGCUGUUGUGAGCAGACAGAGCACUCCAGUGCCCAACAGAGAUUAUCUACGGCAGAAGAAUGCAGAACUGGAGGAGAAGUACAAGGACAAGGAGGUUCCUAUGCCUGACUACUGGGGCGGUUACCUUGUAAAGCCUCACCUCAUAGAGUUCUGGCAAGGUCAAACCAAUAGACUUCACGACCGCAUUGUUUUCACUCGAAUGAAGGAGGGGGAGAAACUGGGAGAGUUUCAGCACGAGGGGGAGGCAGGCUGGGUGUACCAGCGUCUGGCUCCAUGACAGCGGCCUGUCGACAGACGUUUCAUCUGUUCUUUCCUGUGAUUAAAAUAAUGUUAUAGCUGAAUCAACAUGUAAAAGUGACACUGUCUUGAAGUUGAACCGUGUUUUUGGUGUCUCAACAUGUCAUCUUCUAGAGUCUGAGCUAAACUGUGUGUGCAGCUAAACAUUUCCAGCUCAAGCUGACUGUAAUGUCCAACGUUUCAUUAUGUGUUGAUGGGAAGAAAAUGCAUUAAGCAGCACAGAAAAGUGAACUGCUCCUGUAAGGUAAUGAUUGACAGCCCAAUACUGUUUAUUGAAGCUCAGUUAACCUUUGGAACAUAUUGUGUUCAUAGGAUCAGCACUUGGGAUUGAACUUCCAGCUACUUAAUAUCUAAACUUUCUCUGUUUUCCCUUUUUUUUAUAAUUCAGGUCUGUAAUUUCCCAUAACUAUCCAGGAAGUGUUGUGCAUCAACCUUAACUUAUCAUUCAAUAACUGUAUUGAAAGUGGAACAUUUGAUUUUCGAUGUGAAAGAGGGGAUGCAUUUGAACCCCGAUAAUCUACACGGUUAUUACUUUAUUGCACUUGCAUGGAAAGAUAUGAUAAUAAUUCACCCCUUUGCCAAGUCUUAUGUUUUGAUAAGCGAUGUAACGUUUAUACUUGUUAUAUAGAAUUGACAGCACUUUUAAUAAUUAUGUAUCAGAUCUAAAAACUCUAGUUUAUCAAUAGAAUACCCACAGUUUAAAUUUUUAUUGACAUAAUAAAAAUAUUUAGAUUAAUGGCGUAUUAGUUCAAUAAGAAGUUGUUUGUCUUAAUUUUUGUAAGUAAAGACAAUUAGAAUAAAGAAUAAAACUGCAAUCUAAAAAAACAUUAAAUAUAUAAUGUUUGCAUUUGUGCCAACUAUUGUCCUGUGCCAUUAAAAAUUAAAUUUGUUUAAAACAUAUAUAUUUCUUUUUUUUUUGGAAAGAUGUAUGUACAUACAUUUUUGCCCACCAGGGGUCAGUAGCACCUCAAAGACAACCAA